CAGUACCUGGAGCAGAACCGGCUGUGCCUGGCCGUGCCCACGCUGGUGCUGUACGCGCUGCAGGUCAGCAAGGCCCUGGCCUACCUGGAGGCCGUCAACUGCGUCCACCGGGACAUCGCCGUCAGGAACAUCCUGGUGGCCUCCCCGGACUGCGUCAAGCUGGGCGACUUCGGCCUCUCCCGCUACAUCGAGGAUGAGGAGUACUACAAAGUGGAUGUCGCCCGAAUCCAUCAACUUCCGGCGCUUCACCACGGCCAGCGACGUCUGGAUGUUCGCCGUGUGCGUGUGGGAGAUCCUGAGCUUCGGGAAGCAGCCGUUCUUCUGGCUGGAGAACAAGGACGUGAUCGGAGUCCUGGAGAAAGGGGAUCGGCUGCCCAAGCCCGACCUCUGCCCGCCCGUCCUCUACACGCUGAUGACGCGCUGCUGGGACUACGACCCCGCGGAGCGGCCGCGCUUCCAGGAGCUGGUCUGCAGCCUCAGUGACAUUUACCUGAUGGAGAAGGAGCUGGCCCAGGAGCAGGAGAGGAACAACCGACCCCGCCCUCCCAAAAUCCUGGAGCCGCCGGAAUUCCAGGAGCCGCCCCCCAAGCCCAGCAGGCCCAUGUACAAGCCGCCAUCCCAGAAUAAUCUCCUGGCUCCCAAGCUGCAAUUCCAGCCCCGCCGAGUUCCCGAGCCCGGCGCGCUCCCGGCGCUCGCCGCCCCCCGGCCGCCACCACGGCUUCAAGAGGCGCAGCGUCAGGGAGGAGGAUUUCCAGCGUCCCUCGAGCCGGGAGGAGGCGCAGCAGCUGCUGGAGCUGGAGCGGCUGCGGGUGGAGCAGGCCAUGGAGCGGCAGCAGCGGGAGAUGCUGGAGGAUCACCGGUGGCUCCGCCACGAGGUCCAGAGCCUGGAUCCCAAGGUGUUCCUGAACAACAACAUUCCCCCGCUCCUCCCGGAGAAGGAGUCCGAUUACACGCAAUUCACGGGGCCCCCCCAGAAGCCUCCAAGACUUGGGGCUCAGUCCAUCCAGCCGGCGCCCACGGCCGACCUGGACCGCACGGACGAUCCGGUCUACGGGAAUGUCACGGAUCUGGUGCGGGCCGUGCUGCAGCUGAAGAACGAGAUCGGCCAGGUGCCGCCCGAGGGAUACAUCCUGGUGGUCAAGAACAUCGGCCUGUCCCUCCGCAAGCUCCUCGGCAGCGUCGACCACGUCCUGCCCGACCUCCCGCCCUCCUCCCGCACCGAGAUCGAGGGCACCCAGAAGCUCCUCAACAAGGACCUGGCCAACCUCAUCGGCAAGAUGCGCCUGGCCCAGCAGAAUUCCGGCACUUCCUUGGGCGCGGAAUUCCGGCGGCAGAUGCUGACGGCCUCGCACGCCCUGGCCGUGGACGCCAAGAACCUCCUGGACGCCGUGGACCAGGCCAAGCUCCAGGCACGGCUGGUCAAGCCCUGCUUGGAAUGACUGCGGAACGUUCCAGAAAGUUCCGGAAUCGGCUUCUCCUUUUUUUUGGGGGGGUUUUUUUUGGGGGGGGGGCGUUUUUUCCCGCUCUUCUUCCUCCUUCCUGCUCCUCUUCCUCCUGCAGCCGCCGCGUGCGUGUUUGUGUCCAAGUGUCGCGUCGCUCUUCGGAAGGUUGGAGGCAUCUCCGGGGGGGUUUUCCUUGGAAGAGUUGGAGGGUUUGGGGGUUUUUCCUUGGAAAAAAAUGGAGGUUUUGGGGUUUACCUCCAAAAAAAUGGAGGUUUUGGGAUUUGCUUGGAAAAAAAAAUGGAGGUUUUCCUUGGAAAAAUGGAGGUUUUCAUUGGAAAAAUGGAGGUUGGAAGAAAAUGGAGGUUGGACAAAAAAUGGAGGUUGGACAAAAAAUGGAGGUUUUGGGGGUUUUUUUGGAAAAAAUGGAGGUUAGAAAAAAUGGAGGUUUUGGGAAUUUUCCUAGGAAAAAAAAAUGGAGGUUUUGGGGUUUGCUUGGAAAAAAAAUGGAGGUUUUGGGGUUUUCCUUGGAAAAAGUUGGAGGUUUUGGUGAUUCCCAAGGAAAAAAUGGAAGUUUUGGGAUUUCCUUGGAAAAAAAUGGAGGUUUUGUGGUUUUCCCUUGGAAAACUGGAGGUUUUGGAGUUUUCCUUGGAAAAAAUGGAGGUUUUGGGGAUUCCCAAGGAAAAAAUGGAGGUUUUGGGGAUUCCCAAGGAAAAAAUGGAGGUUUUGAGGUUUUUUUCCUUGGAAAACUGGAGGUUUUGUGGGAAGGGUGUGGAUCCGUCGGGAUCCACCCUGGAAUGGCCGCAGGACGGGGACCUGGAGCGUGCCGGGAGCCGAGGGCAGCACGGGGUGGGGGGAAAGGGGGGAAAUUCCCGGAAUUCCGCCUUUCCUUCUCUUCCCCCUUCCCCCUCAGAGGUUGGAAAAUUCAUUUCACGACGGCUUCCGGAACCUUGGGAAUUUUGGGAGAUCGGUGCCUCUUCCGGCCGCGUUAUUCCCAAAUUUUUUGUGCUCCAGCGGGGUUCGCGCUUCCGGUUUUCCCUCAGCGUUUUUCCCGCGGUUUUCCCAAUUUUUUUGGUUGUUUUUUGGGAUUUUUUCCCCCCACCCCCAGCUGAGAUAAACUGUGCGCCAAAUCCUG